GGGGCUGUUUCCACCGUCCUCUAUCUUCAGCCAUGAAGACCCUGUUAUCCACGCGCUAUGUGACCAUCCCCGAGGGUGUCACCGUCGAUGUGAAGUCCCGCGUCGUGACCGUCACGGGACCCCGGGGAGAGCUGGUGCAGAGCUUCAAGCACCUCAACCUCGACUUGCAAAAGUCGGGCAAGAACAAGCUGCGCGUGGACCUCUGGUUCGGCAACCGCAAGCAGGUUGCCUGCAUCCGCACCAUCUGCUCGCACGUCGAGAACAUGAUCACCGGCGUCACCAAGGGCUACUUGUACAAGAUGCGCUUCUGUUACGCUCACUUCCCCAUCAACGUGUCCAUCACGGGAAAGACCGUCGAGAUCCGCAACUUCCUCGGCGAGAAGCGCGUUCGCAGGGUGGAGCUGGCUCCUGGUGUGGACUACGUACGUACCCCGGACGUAAAGGACCAGAUCGAGCUCAGCGGCAACGACAUCCAGGCCGUUUCCAUGACCGCGGCGCGCAUCCAGCAGUCGACGUCGGUGAAGCGGAAGGAUAUCCGUAAGUUCCUUGACGGUAUCUACGUGAGCGAGAAGCUCAACAUUGUCCAGGACGAUGAGGGCUAAGCCAAACCAAGAGACGCGGGAGGGAACGAACGUCGAGCUAACCUCUUGCAAUUCCCUCGUGGACGAAGUAGGCGGCUUCUGUGGAUUCUGCUGGAGGAAUAAGGGUGUUGGUGGUCGCCACGUCGAGACACUCUUCUCUUGAGCAUUGCUUGGCGGUGGCGUGUUCUUUCGUGCCUCACCGGAUGGUCGCGUUGGUUUCUUUCGAGCGCGGUUAGUUUUGAUUGGAAGGUUUUGGCUUUCCGCGAAAGUCUGCCCUUGUUACCGAGGACGGUGGUGAAUAAAAAACGAAAACAAACUCGUCAUGCGCUUGUCUGUGUGUGAGCCCAUGACUGUCGGGCUUGUCGAACACUUGCUCAAAACUCAGUCUUGCAUGGAGCGCAUUCCACGUCAUCACUGGGCACACCAACCAGCACGUUUAUUUCGUUAAUACUUGACGAUACCCAGCCUCGCAAGCGCGAUCGUGCUACCACAGGCGCCAGCACGUGUUGACCACAGAUGAGCCGAGAGUUGUUACCGAUUUUUUUGCCAGGGAACAGUCAGAUAAUCGCCAUUGGGUACCCACCCCCCCCUCCUCCUGUGGGUUCACUCCAUAGAUCGUGCAAAACUUGACGUCGCUGCCACCCUGCUUGCACCUGCGGAGCCCGGAACUAAAGCAUAUAGGUAUGGUGCACCAGUGAUCAUAUCGGCAAACUACUACAUGGAGAGUUGUCAGCGCGGAAAC